AUGGCCAAAGUUUUAACAGAAUCACAGUUCCAAUCCCAAAUUGUUUCCAAGUAUGUGGAUGUUAUCGGUGAAAAAUUGGACGGAAAAAUUCAUUCCUUCUCAGAUGAGUGGUUCGCUCAGGCUGAAAACUUGAUUAAACCAAAGGCUCCAAUUAGAGAUGCCACCAAAUUUACUUACGCAGGCGCAUGGUAUGAUGGAUGGGAAACAAGAAGACACAAUGAACAAGAAGCAGACUGGGUUAUCUUCAAAUUUGGUGUGAGUUCAGCAAACUUGAUAGGAUGCGAGGUAGACACUGCAUUUUUCAAUGGUAAUCAUGCUCCAGCUAUUUCUGUUGAAGCUGUGCAAGUCUAUAAUGAUAGUGAAUUAGAGAAACUUGGAGAAAAGGAUUGGGAAACAGUCAUCCCCAAAACCGAAUGUGGACCAAGUCAAAAACACUUUUUUGCAAGAGACAAACUCACUGAAAAGAAUUACACCCAUGCUAGAUUGAGAAUGUAUCCAGAUGGUGGUAUUGCCAGGUUCAGGUUAUAUGGACACGUCGUGCCAAUCACGAAAGAUACUUCAGAGGUAGUUGACUUUGCAUCAGUGAAAAAUGGAGGUGUGGCAAUCAAGGUCAGUGACCAACACUUUGGUACCGCUGAUAACUUGUUGUUACCUGGAAGGGGUCAUGACAUGAGUGAUGGUUGGGAGACAAAGAGAUCCAGGGAACCAGGCCACACUGAUUGGGUCGUGAUAAGAUUGGGAGCCCCUGCUCAUUUGCAAAAAAUUGUCAUCGACACUGCUCACUUCAGAGGUAACUUUCCACAAAAGGUUAAUGUAAAGGGAACUUCGGUUAAGAAUGAGAAUGAUAUUGAUAGUGCUGAAUGGGUCACAAUCAUACCAGAUUCAAAGACAAGUGCUGACAAGGAGCACGAGUUUUCUGUCAAAGACACUAAGGCGUUUUCACACAUUAAAGUGACAAUCAUUCCCGAUGGUGGAGUAAAGAGAAUUAGAGCAUUUGGGGUUAAAGCCUAA